CGGCCGCCCGGCUCCCCGCCGCCGAGCUUUGCUGCAUGCUCGGUGCCGCCUCAGCCCCAGCCCGGAGGUGGAAGAUGGCGGAGCCGGGGCCGGAUUGCAGCUCUCUGCUCGACGAGGAUCUUUCCUCUUUCGUCUUCAGUUACCUCGCUGACAGCCAGUACGAGGUGUCUGGCGAGGAGCACCUUUACUCUGACUUCCCUGAGAUCGAUUUGUCCCAGCUUGAUGCCAGCGACUUCGACUCAGCCAGCUGCUUCAGCGAGCUGCAGUGGUGCGGGGAGCACUCGGAGACCGACUCCAGCCAGUACAGCACUGAUGACUCUGAGCUCUUCCAGAUAAUAGACAGCGAGAAUGAAGCGCUGCUGGCAGCCCUCACCGAGACACUGGAUGAUAUACAGGGAGAUGACAUGGGCCUGGCUGCCUUCCGAACUUUGGAAGAGGGGGACACACUCAACCAUGCCUACACCUCGCCUGCCCCCUCCCCCAAAUCCACCGCCCCGGUCAUGGGGGGGCCAUCCUCGGCCCCCGAGUUUGAUGAGCUGUCUCUACUGAAGAAGUUGCUCCUCUCUCCAUCACAUGUGCCUCCCAGCUGUGAGGCUCAGCGGGAUGGGAGCGCCCGGCGCCCAGGGACCCCCAAGUCCCGACCCGCACGGCCCUGCACAAAGGUGGGGGGUCCCCGGGACAGGAGGGCAAGUGUCCCGCAGGCACAAAGCCGCAGCUGCACCGAGCUGCAUCGGCACCUCACCUCCAGCACCCCCUGCCCCCAGACCAAAGCCUCCCAGGUACCUGAGGAAUGCCCCAGCAGUCUCCACCUCUCAUCCUUGGGGGACUGUGCCCAUCAUGAGGAUGACAGUGACUCCAGCGAGGACUCGCUGAGCUCUGGUGACUCGGUGACUCCCCCCUCCUUGGCAGAGGAUGGCUCCAGUUGCCAGUUCUCCUGCAAGGGGGAGAUGCACUCCAUGGUGGAGCUCAUCCGCUACAUGCACACCUACUGCCUGCCUCCACGGAAGCUGCCUGCCCGUGAUGCCACCGACACCAAGCCCCCAGCCUGCAGCAGCCCCUUCAAGAGAGCCAAACCAGACUGCUCCAGCAGUGCCAAGAGCCAGCUGGGCUGCACCUGGCAAAUGGGUGGGGGCUGCAAGAAGCCCGGGGCAUCCUUCUCCAUCCUGAAGGAAUUGCUGGCACGGGACCUACUGUGUGAUGUCAGCAAGCCAUACCGCCUGGGCAAGCCCGUGUAUGCUGCCCUAGCCCGGCCACCUGGCUACCGUUCCCCAGUGCCACCAGCCCAGGACAGGGAGGAUGCUGGUGGGAGCUGCACAUCCAGAACCAGAACGGCGACGGAGAAGGGUGAGCCACAGCAGAGCCCUGGGGCCAAGGCAGAGGCACUGCAGGAGCCGGGUGGCCUUGAGGACGAUGCUGGGAAGCAUGUGGGCACCCCAGGCACAGCUGUGGGGAAGGUGACCCGUAAGCAGGAGAGCACCAUUUAUGCUGUCCGCCGGUCCAAGAGACUCAACCCUGAGCUUGGCCACUGGCUCUCCUUCCUAGAUGAGCCACCCCCUGAGCCCUCCAGCCCCCAGGAGUUAGGGGACAGCUGUGGCCCCCAGGACACCCUGGCCUGCUCAACGCUGGACGGCUUCUCUGCCGAAGAGCCCGUGGCUGAAGUGGAGGUGGGGGGCAUGGAGGAGAGAGACAGCGGGAGCAUGGCACUGCUGGUGGAGCCCCAGCCUCUCCCCCUGAGCUCCCCAGGGGAUGGCGAGGUGGGCGACGGGGCUGAGAGCCGGGGCUGUGCCCUCCCGGAGAAAGCAGAAACACCCAGGUGUCUCAUGCUGUCCUUGGCACAAACUGUCCCAACCUUUGGGAAGAGAAACUUUGAGCCGAUGCUGACUGUGGAGUUGUGUGGGACAGCAGGUCUCACACCGCCAACCACUCCGCCUUACAAGCCUGCUGAGGAAGACCUCUACAAGCCAGAUAUCCCCCAGGAACCAGGGAAGGAGGAUGGAACAGCCCCCGGCUCUGGGGGCACAGGGGAUGUGGCAGCCCCCAGGAAAGCCCCCAAGAAGCACCCUGAGAGGACAGAGCUCUUCGCCCACCUGAGCCGAGCCACCGGGCGCCCUGUGCUCCCCGAGCAACAGGGCAUCCUCAAGCGGCCCUUCUCCCGCUCCUUCGGGGACCACGACUACUGCCAGGUGCUGAAGCCUGAGGCUGCUCUGCAGAGGAAGGUGCUCAAGUCAUGGGAGCCCCCAGGCCAGGUGGAGAUGGAGCACAAGAGGAGGGUCCCAGCCGCCCACUACCAGGGGCUGGACCCCAGUGGCAAGGAGGCAGGCAUGCAGAUGCUGUGGAAGGAUGGCGUAAAGCAGCUGAGGGACCAGGAGAUCAGAGCCAGCUUAACAAAGCACUUUGGCUUUCUGGAUAGUGCUCUGGAUGAUGAGGACAUGGUCUUCUGCAAGAGCCCCGAGUAUGACACUGUCUUUGAAGACAGCUGCAGUGAGAGCGGCUCCCCAGUGGAGGAGGAGGAGGAGGAGGAAGAAGAGGAGGAGGAGGAGCACAGUGACACCAAGCUGUGUCUGCGGAGAAACCCCCUUUCCAGGACCAGUUUGCAUUACUGUUCCCGGAGCAGGUCCAGCUCAGGGUCUUCGUGCUGCCGGUCCCGAUCACCUGCAAGCAGGCGGACCUUCAGGUGUGAGAAUGGCGAGCAGUGUCGGGGUGGGCAGCGGGGGCAGAUGGAGAAGAGACGGGAAAAGGCCAUCGGAGAAGGACGGGUGGUGUAUAUCAGAAACCUCUCCAGUAGCAUGAGCUCCAGUGAACUGAAGAAACGCUUUGAAGUGUUUGGUGAAAUCGUGGAGUGUCAAGUCCUGUCCAGGACUAACAGGGGGGAUAAAUAUGGCUUCAUCACCUACCGGUAUUCAGAGCAUGCCGCCUUAUCUCUGAAGAAUGGCACCUCACUAAGGAAGAGGAAUGAGCCUUCAUUCCAGCUCAGCUCUGGUGGCCUUGGGCACUUCUUCUGGACCAGAUACACUGACUUGGAUUGCAGCGUGGAGGAGUCCUCCCCAGCUCCAGUGAAAAGCAAGUACGAGACCAUGGAUUUCGACAGCUUGCUGCAGGAGGCCCAGCUCAGCCUGCAUCGGUAACAGCCUUAACCUUGGAGGAAUACCUCAAUACCUCAGUCAAGGCACUUCCAAUAUGUUUACGUUUUCAAAGAAAUUAUUCAGUCUGUGG